UCUCAGCAGGCUGUCCCCGCCUCCUCCAGUCCCUCCACUCCCCAAAGCCAGGAAGGCCAAGCAGGUUUCGAGCGCUGCUUUCGCUUUCCCUUCCCGCUGCCCCCACCAGGCUCCUCGUGCUGCGCUCACCCCCAGCUCUGGCCAUGGCCACACUGAGGGUCCUUCCUGAAGCCCAAGCUAAGGUGAGCGUGUUUCGUGAAGACCUGUGUAGCAAGGCAGAGAACCUGCUUGGGAGCUAUUUUCCCAAGAAGAUCUCUGAGCUGGAUGCCUUCUUAAAGGAGCCAGCUCUCAACGAAGCCAACCUGAGCAAUUUGAAGGCUCCAUUGGACAUCCCAGUACCUGACCCGGCCAAGGAGAAGGAGAAAGAAGAGCGGAAGAAACAACAGGAGAAGGAAGAGAAGGAUGAGAAGAAGAAAGGGGAAGAUGAAGACAAAGGUCCUCCCUGUGGCCCAGUUAACUGCAACGAGAAGAUCGUGGUCCUCCUGCAACGCCUAAAGCCCGAGAUCAAGGAUGUCAUUGAGCAACUCAAUCUGGUCACUACCUGGUUGCAGCUACAGAUACCUCGGAUAGAAGAUGGCAACAAUUUUGGAGUGGCUGUCCAGGAAAAGGUGUUUGAGCUGAUGACCAGCCUUCACACCAAGCUGGAAGGCUUCCACACCCAGAUCUCUAAGUACUUCUCAGAGAGGGGCGACGCAGUGGCCAAAGCCGCCAAGCAGCCCCACGUGGGUGAUUAUCGACAGCUGGUGCAUGAGCUGGACGAAGCAGAGUACCAGGACAUCCGUCUGAUGGUCAUGGAGAUCCGUAAUGCUUACGCUGUGUUGUAUGACAUCAUCCUGAAGAACUACGAGAAGCUCAAGAAGCCCCGUGGAGAGACAAAGGGAAUGAUCUAUUGAGGCCUGUCCCUCCUCCUGUGAUGGGUACAGCAGAGACCUUCCAGCUCGCCACGAGGACCUCUCUAGACUUGUACCCAAUCUUCUUCCUGCUGGGGUUUCUCCCUCACUCAUCCUCCCAAACACAAUAAAUAAAUAAUAUUAGUUGCCCACCA